UUUUAAAUAUUAUCAAAAAUCGUUUAUAAAAAAAUCAGAUUAGAUAAAAAAUGAAAUGAAAUGCAGUAACAUAAAAACGCCAAAUAGUUUGGGAGUUACGUUAAUACUUUUCAAAUUUAAAUAUGGAAAGUCAAUUACAGAAAGAUACCACAGCCCUUUUUAAUGCUUGCAGGGAAGGAAAUAAUGACAUUGUCAGAUCUCUUUUAGAGAAUAACACUCUUAUUAUCAAUACAAUCAUUAAUUAUGAUAAUGUUUUAAAUGAUUUUGAACGAAGUAGAAACGUAAGAGAUAGACAGCACGAAAAAACAGCUUUUCUACUGGCAGCAGAGUCUGGGCAACUUGAUACUAUAAAACUUUUGGAAAAAUACCGAGCAGAAAUAACUUUAAGGACAUCUAAAGGUAACACAGCUUUGCAUUUGGCAGCUAAGAACAAUCACUUAAAUGUAGUUAAAUAUUUGAUUGAAGAGAAAGGAUUUAAGAUUGAUGAAGAAAAUAUUUACGGAGAUACGGCUUUAAAUAAAGCAGCCAAUGAUGGCGCUCUGGAGUGUAUUAUUUACCUAAUAAAUAAAGACGCCAAUGUUUUAAAGAUUGAUUUAGACGGCAAGUCAGUUCUUUAUCACGCGGUUUUCAGUGGUAGUCUUGACUGUGUUAAAGCUAUCGCACAGUCAAUUCCAGAGGGUGUCUUAAAGACGCACAUCAACUAUCCAACGAAAAAGUAUGAAUUAACUGCUCUUCAUUGGGCAGUAAAAGAAGGCUUCGAAGACAUUGUAAGAUAUUUGUUAAGCAAGGGAGCCGAUGCUUCAUUGAAAACCAAAUUCAAGAAAAAUGCACGUGAUUUAGCUAAAGAUCCAAGAGUUAUUCGUGUGCUGCAGGACGCUAAUAAAUAAGAAAGAAGAACUAAUUUUUUAAUUGUGGUAUAUUUUUAUAUUAAAAGAAAGCUUAAUUCAUAUAGUGUCAAUAUAUUUUUUUA